AUUGAAAAGUUACAAACCCAGCUGGAGAGAGAAAAGCAGAGCAACCAAGACCUGGAGACCCUCAGUGAGGAGCUGAUCAGAGAGAAGGAACAGCUGCAGAGUGACAUGGAGACCCUGAAGGCUGACAAAGCCAGGCAGAUCAAGGACCUUGAGCAGGAAAAGGACCACCUCAACCGAGCCGUGUGGUCGCUGCGGGAGAGAUCGCAGGUCAGCAGCGAGGCCCGCAUGAAAGAUGUGGAGAAGGAGAACAAAGCCCUCCAUCAUACAGUGACGGAGGCCAAUGGCAAGCUCAGCCAGUUGGAGUUUGAGAAGCGGCAGCUGCACAGGGACUUGGAGCAGGCCAAGGAGAAGGGGGAGCGGGCGGAGAAGCUGGAGAGGGAGCUGCAGCGAGUCCAGGAGGAGAACGGGAGGCUGGCCAGGAAGGUGACCUCCCUGGAGACGGCCACCGAGAAAGUCGAGGCCCUGGAGCAUGAGAGCCAGGGCCUGCAGCUGGAGAACCGGACACUGAGGAAGUCUCUGGACACCUUGCAGAACGUGUCCCUGCAGCUUGAGGGCUUGGAGCGUGACAACAAGCAGCUGGAUGCAGAGAACCUGGAGCUGCGCAGGCUAGUGGAGACCAUGUGCUUCACCAGCACCAAGCUGGCACAGAUGGAGAGGGAGAACCAGCAGCUGGAGCGUGAGAAGGAAGAGCUGAGGAAGAACGUGGAACUGCUCAAGGUGCUGGGCAAGAAGUCAGAGCGCCUGGAGCUCAGCUACCAGAGCGUGAGCGCUGAGAACCUCCGGCUGCAGCAGAGCCUGGAGAGCAGCAGCCACAAGACGCAGACCCUGGAGAGUGAGCUGGGCGAGCUGGAGGCCGAGCGCCAGGUGCUGCAGCGGGACCUGGAGGCCCUCCGGCUGGCCAAUGCACAGCUGGAGGAGGCCGAGAAGGACAAGGAGGCCCUGGAGCAGGAGGUGGCCCAGCUCGAGAAGGAUAAGAAGCUGCUGGAGAAGGAGACCAAGCGGCUGUGGCAGCAGGUGGAGCUCAAGGACGCGGUCUUGGAUGAUAGCACUGCCAAACUGUCUGCCGUCGAGAAGGAGAGCCGCGCACUGGACAAGGAGCUGGCCCGCUGCAGGGACGCAGCCGGCAAGCUGAAGGAGCUGGAGAAGGACAACCGGGACCUCACCAAGCAAGUCACCGUGCAUGCAAGGACACUGACGACUCUGAGGGAGGACCUGGUGCUCGAGAAGCUGAAGAGCCAGCAGCUCAGCAGUGAGCUGGACAAGCUGAGCCAGGAACUGGAGAAGGUCGGCCUCAACAGGGAGCUGCUGCUGCAGGAGGACGACAGCGGCAGUGACACAAAAUACAAGAUUUUGGAGGGCAGAAAUGAAUCAGCAUUAAAAACAACACUGGCCAUGAAAGAAGAAAAGAUUGUGCUCUUAGAAGCACAGAUGGAAGAGAAAGCGAGCCUAAAUCGCCAGUUAGAGAGUGAGCUGCAGAUGCUGAAGAAGGAGUGUGAGACCCUCAGGCAGAACCAGGGAGAGGGGCAGCAUUUGCAGAACUCUUUCAAGCACUCUGCGGGGAAGACAGCCGCCAGUCACCAGGGGAAGGAGGCCUGGGGGCCCGGCCACAAGGAAGCCACCAUGGAGCUUCUCCGAGUGAAGGACUGGGCCAUCGAGCUGGAGCGGAAUAACGCAGCUCUGCAGGCUGAGAAGCAGCUGCUCAAGGAACAGCUGCAGCACCUGGAGACCCAGAACGUGACCUUCAGCAGCCAGAUCUUGACACUGCAGAAACAGAGCGCCUUCCUGCAGGAGCACAACACCACGCUGCAGACCCAGACCGCCAAGCUGCAGGUGGAGAACUCCACGCUGAGCUCCCAGAGCGCCGCGCUCACCGCGCAGUACACGCUGCUGCAGAACCACCACACGGCCAAGGAGACGGAGAACGAAAGCCUGCAGAGGCAGCAGGAGCAGCUUACAGCGGCCUACGAGGCCCUGCUGCAGGACCACGAGCACCUGGGCACGCUGCACGAGCGGCAAUCGGCCGAGUACGAGGCCCUCAUCCGCCAGCACAGCUGCCUGAAGACACUGCAUCGGAACCUGGAGCUGGAGCACAAGGAGCUCGGGGAGAGGCACGGUGACAUGCUGAAGCACAAGGCGGAGCUGGAGGAGCGGGAGAAGGUCUUGACCACUGAGCGAGAGGCGCUGCAGCAGGAACAGAGGACAAACGCCCUCGCCGUGGGCGAGAACCAGAGGCUGCGGGGCGAGCUGGACAGGGUCAAUUUCCUGCACCACCAGCUGAAGGGGGAGUACGAGGAGCUGCACGCCCACACCAAGGAGCUGAAAACCUCACUGAACAACGCACAGCUGGAGCUCAACCUCUGGCAGGCCCGCUUCGACGAGCUGAAGGAGCAGCACCAGGCCAUGGACAUCUCGCUGACCAAGCUGGACAACCACUGUGAGCUGCUCUCCCGUCUCAAGGGGAACUUGGAGGAAGAAAAUCAUCACCUGCUGAGCCAGAUCCAGCUGUUGAGCCAGCAGAACCAGAUGCUUCUGGAGCAGAACAUGGAGAACAAGGAGCAGUACCAUGAGGAGCAGAAGCAGUACAUAGACAAAUUAAAUGCCUUACGAAGACAUAAGGAAAAGCUGGAAGAAAAAAUCAUGGAUCAAUACAAGUUCUAUGAUCCUCCUCCAAAGAAGAAGAACCACUGGAUUGGAGCCAAAGCCUUAGUCAAACUCAUCAAACCAAAGAAAGAGGGUUCGAGGGAACGCUUAAAAUCCACCGUGGACAGCCCUCCCUGGCAGACGGAGUCCUCAGACCCUGCCUCGCCGGCGGCCUCUCAGCCGCUCAGAUCACAGGCCGAGAACCCCGACAACCCCGCACUGGGCUCCAACUGUGCAGAAGAGCUUGACGCCCACAACGG